ACAAACAUUAAUGCAAACCAAAACACAUCGACACCCAUAGAUGCAUUUACACACAUUGGUUGCGAAGAGUAAUUGGUGAACGGGGAGUGGGGGCUGUGGCGUCGCAUUGCCGUGUAGGUGCGCUUGCAGCGCCGCUUUUGAUUGCUGAGUCAAGUAUAUGCGUUGGAGCAAUGCUCGUGGUGGUGGCUGCGCAACAAAUUUUUGAGACAAUGCGCUGCGACAUGCACUCGUCGCCCUGGGAUCUGAGGAGCCGACAGAGCAAGAACAGUUGCAUCUGCGACGGCUGCGAUUCCCCAGAACUGGCAUAGGCAACUGCAUUGGGAAUAACAGCAACAGCAAUAGUAACAGCGACGUCAACAGAACAGUAGCAGCAACAAUACCAGAAUAAAAGCAGCGGCAAUAAAAGUGGUUUUUGUUAGUUUUCGCGUCCGCCGGUAUGUCUAUCGUGCCUGAGGUUUGAGUGGCGACAUAUUCAUUGAAAGAAAACAAAUCGCCUCAACGAACCGACCGCACAACGGUCACCGGCCACACAAGCUCCAAGCAACACUUCACUAGUAGGAGCACCACCUCUACCUCCACCGUUGUCUACAUAUUCGCACAUCUUUACCACUAAUACUUUGGCACUCGGGAACAACUCAAUUCGGAGUGGUUGGCAUUGCAGCGCCUUGAGUUGACGAUUUGGCCACUGCACGCCGCAUUCGCAGUUUUGUGUUGCUCUGUUGCGGCCGGUCUUUAUUCAUAUCCGCAUCCGCCUAACAGCGUUCUAAGUUUUCAUUGACUUCAAGUCGAAAUUAUAGUACACAAAGUUAGAAUCGAAAUUGAAGUUGGUGUCGCCGUUUAAUCUGCGAGUUGUUUAAGUUCGUGUUGCCCUUUGUAAUAAUAUUCUUGUGCAAGCCGAUGUAUUGCUGCUUCUGCGCUACGGACUUUUCGUGAGCAUGGUACCUUUUUUAUUUUCUGUGCCAAAUCUCGGAGCUAUGUUUUAGCACGCGUUUUCUUUUAACUUGGAGUUUCGUGCGAUCUCAAAUUGGCAGCCGCAUCGUUUGUCAAUAUCAACCAAGAACGAGCAGUUUUAGUGACGUGCGCCUAGUAAUUUAUACGAUUUUGCCGUCGGCAAAUGGCUCAAAAGCAAUAAACAUGAGACAAAUCCUUUUUCUAAAAUCAUUCUGUGGCAAAUCAAAUGAAUUCCGCGAAAAAUUGUGAGAUUUGUUGUGAUAUGUGUGCAAUAGUUAAUUGUAUGAAAACAAGUUUUAAAAUAUAACUUAGUUAUACAUAGGCUUUAAAGUUACAUACUUAAACCAAUAUUCAUGUAUACACUUAUGUACUUACUAAUUGAAAAAAUCGUUCGAUAAAAAAUUUAUUCGCACAAUUUAAAACACAAAGAAUAUCUAACGCAAAAACAUGUCUUAAUAAAUACCACAAAUAAAAUUCACAUACUUAAUAACAAUUUGAAUUAUAAACAAUCACCAACAAAGGCGUUGGCCGAUCUUACAAUAUUAUACUAUAAAUAUUAAACUUCCUUAGAUAAUUCGUUUUUGAUGCUGGGUAAAAUUAGUGCCAUGACGACACUGCGACUAAUUGAAGAGAGGUGGAUGGAGAUCUAUUCUGGAGCAAUGCCGAUUUUCGGAAAAGUAGUGAUCGAAUAAAAUCAUUUACAUAUACAUAUGUGCGGAACCUUUCUUACAAUAAACCAUUGAAAAAUGCUCGACAACUAGUUUACAAAGUUCGUUUAUAUAUACAAAAAAAUAUACUUACGUAUAUAUUUAGCCAAUAUUGAAAAGUGAAUCCUUCAACGGAAUAGAUACAUAUUUUUUCAUUGUGAAUCACAGUAACAGAAGCAAAUGUAUUGUUAUCGUCUAAGUGUAAAUCAAUUAACUAAUCCAAAUAAGAAGUUUUAAGUAAAUCAUUUACAUAAAUAAAUGUAUGUGGUAACAAAAGCUAUUGCGAAAACGAUAAGCAAUCCAACCCAUAUUUGUUGAUGAAAGAAGUGAAAACUUUAGAACCUACUUAUAUGCAAGUGUUAAAUAUUCAAAGAUUGAAACAAACGUAGGUGUAUAUUGUAGCUGUGAAAAAAAAAAUUAAAUAUCUGUGUAAUUUAUCUAUUUAUAUAAAAAGAGUUAUAGUCGCAAAAGCACAGACAGCGAAUCCUCGUCGUAGCUUUUCUUUAAUGGUUUCUGAAGAUAAUUGGAAUAGCGACACGAUGUCCGAUUCGGACAUGCUUGAUUCUAAGGCUGACGUUUGUGGUGGUGCAUCUAGCAGCAGUGGCAGUUCGAUUUCCCCUAGAACUCCUCCCAAUUGCGCCCGGUGUCGUAAUCAUGGACUUAAAAUCACACUAAAAGGACACAAACGAUAUUGCAAAUUCCGUUACUGCACAUGCGAAAAAUGUCGCCUUACUGCUGAUCGGCAACGUGUCAUGGCACUACAGACAGCAUUACGACGUGCACAGGCACAAGAUGAGCAACGAAUUUUACAGAUGCACGAGGUGCCACCAGUCGUUCAUGCGCCAACGGCACUGCUCAAUCAUCACCACUUGCAUCAUCAUCAUCAUUUGAACCAGAGUCAUCAUGCAAGUGCUGCAGCUGCUGCCGCUGCCGCUGCCGCACAUCAUCAUAUUUCGACAGCUAUUCGAUCUCCGCCGCAGGCUGACCAUGGUAGCGGAGGUAGUAGUGGAGGUAUGAUCGGGGCCACAGUCCCGACCAUCGCCUCCGUACCUGUCUCAGCUCCACAACUCGAACAUCACAUGACAACAGUACCCACACCGGCGCAAUCACUUGAAGGCUCUAGUGACACAUCGUCACCAUCGCCAUCCUCCACUUCGGGGGCAGUGUUGCCCAUUUCAGUAGUUGGUCACAAGCCACCUGUGCAUCCCAACGGGGUCAACAUUCCUUUAGCGCAGGAUGUGUUUUUAGAGCAUUGCCAAAAGCUGCUAGAGAAAUUUCGUUAUCCCUGGGAGAUGAUGCCCUUAAUGUAUGUGAUAUUAAAAGAUGCUGGGGCAGAUAUUGAAGAGGCUUCAAGACGUAUCGAGGAGGCAAAGCGUAUUUGGAAUCAAACCAUAUCGCUACAAUUGAUGGAUAGGCAACUGUACUAUAACUACUACCCACCUGCAGCGUUAGUAAACGGGCCACCCACUUAUUUUCCUUACCCGAUUACCAUUGGUGGCAACGGAUUACUAGCAUCGCAUUUCUCGCAUUUGACGGCUUCGAUACGACCGCCAUCGCCGGAGCCACCUGCUUUAAGUCGUACGCCACCCAGUCCAUCAAAACCGGCAUGUCCAGCUAGUACCAUCCGCGAAACAUUGUCACCUGCAGCAACUGCUUCGAGUUUGACACCAUCCGCCACAGCCGCUGCGGCUACGUAACAGCAUCAGCAGUCACAGCGCUAUGGCCACACUGCUUAUGCAACCGCUGCUGUUUCAGCCGCAGCUGCGGCAGCUGCUGUGCUUUUAGUUGAUGACUAAACCGUUGGUACUAAAUCUAAUCCAUAUAAAUACUUUGAAGCUAAAUAUUAAAGAGGAACUAAGAGAAAAAACCGGAAUUCAAUGGACAACUCGGAACAUAAAAUAUUUAUUAAAAAGAUUAAGUAAAAUUGUAAUUGUAUAUGUAGAUGUGAUUUUCAUAUUAUUAAUUUGAAUAAGCUUUUGAAUUUGCGGAUAUCGAUAACUUAUUUUUUUUAAUAAGGCUGGCAUGUGCUUAAACUGAACAUAUGUGAAAAUAAACACAGAUCUCAAUACUUCAAGCAUAUUGCAUACAUAAGUACACAUACAUAUGUAUAUAUACUUACAUACAUAUGUAUGGAUUUAGAUGGAUAUAAAUUAUGAAAUGGCGAAAAACAAUCGGAAGAAAUAGCAAAUAAAGAU